CCGAAACAACUUCUGCCUGAUGAUCCCAACACCACCACCCACCCUUACGAGCGCCCGAGCUUUAUCUAUCCCCACCUCGUCAUCGCUGGCAAAGUUUAAAACAAGCACAGUGGGAUCUUCAGAAAGAAAGUCAUGAUUGACGAAUGCAUCGACAUAUCGCGCCAUCAACACGGAAACGUCUUUAUCAGCUUUGGUGAAGCAGGCUAAUGAACCUCCUGUUGAAAUGUCGAACGUCAAAGAGGUACGCUCUAAACCAUUCUCAUGCCUGAGAUGCUUCGAGCGGAAGGUCAAAUGCGACAAGCAAAGCCCAUGUUCCAACUGUACAAGGUCAAAGGCCGAAUGUACCUUCAGAAUCCCGCCCCCUUCGCGCCGCAGAAAGAAAAAACCAGCAGAAGAGGCCCUACUAGAGCGACUGAAGCAGUAUGAGGCUCUUUUGCAAAGCAAGGGUAUUCAUGUCGACCAGCUCCCAGUGUCCGGCCCGUCCACAUCGGAUGAAGUCUCGUCAAUGAAUAAUGUCCCUGUACCUAGUCCUGAUUGUGGCUUGUCUGGCCGCGUUGCCCCUCAUCUCGCCGAGGGCUCAAAGUCCGGCGUGCUGUUCACGGAAGGCGGUCAAUCACGAUUCGUCGAGAAUAUUUUGUGGACGAGUGUAUCAAAUGAGUUUCGACCCAAAGCAGCCCUCGCAGAAUAUUCGGACGACGAGGGCGACUCCCAGUCUGAAGCCGAAAAUGGUACCGAUUUCCUGUUCGGCAUCACCCCUUCAUCCAGCAAUAAUCAGCUUCAGACUUUCCACCCAACUCACGACAACAUAUUCAAGCUUUGGCAAAUAUUCCUCGACAACAUCAAUCCUAUGACAAAGCUCAUUCAUCAACCAUCCCUGCAUCAAAGUCUUGUGGCAGCAGCAACACGUCUGGACCGCGUGCCAAAAGGUCUGGAAUGCUUGAUGUUUGCAAUCUAUACCCUUGCAGUGUUUUCCAUCUCAGACGAAGAGUGCACCACCCAACUUGGUGAGGGUCGCAAGCCGCUACUCGCUCGCUAUCGAUACGCAACAAGAAUGGCUCUAUCCAAGGCCAGAUAUAUGAGCACUUCGGAUCUUCAAGUGCUGCAGGCAUUCUUGUUCUAUUUGAUUUCGAUGCGCGAAGACUAUGACUCACGAACACUAUGGACUUUGUCUGGAGUUGCAAGUCGGAUUGCACAGGGCAUGGGUCUUCAUCGCGAUGGAUCCAGCAUCGGCAUCCCACCGUUUGAGUCAGAGUUACGUCGACGUGCUUGGUGGCAACUUUCUAUCCUCGACUUCCGUUCCGCAGAACUCAGCGGGUCCGGGCGGUUUGGCGAUUUCGGCAUGUCCAAUGUCCGCAUCCCUGCAAACGUGGACGACGCAGAUAUGUGGCCAGGAAUGACUGAAGCGCCAACUCCUAAAACUCGGCCUGGGGAGAUGAUAGCGUGUCUUCUGAGAUGUGAGUUCGGCAACUUCUGGAAAGAGAAGCUUAGGCAGAAGAGCAUGCUUGGCAUCGAUGAGCUACGACUGGUGGCGCCUGGCGGUAUGAGCUUGGCAGAACGUGACGCGAAUGUCGACGAGCUCGAACGACGACUGGAAGACAAGUUCUUGAGGUAUUGCGACCCGUCCGUGCCUCUUCAGUUCCUGGCCAUCAUAAUUGCCCGAGGAGCGGUGGCCAGUAUGAGGUUAAUGGCCCACCACCCUCGAAAAUACGCAAAGGCAGAAGAUGUGCCUCCACACGAACAAGCCUUGCUCUGGCGAAUCGCCAUCCACUUGCUCGAGGCUGACAACCUAGUGCAUUCAUCGAAGCAGCUCAAGAGAUUUACUUGGCACAGCCGCUCUUACUUCAUCUGGCAGGCCUUGAUAUAUGCCUUGCAUGAGCUGGCGUCCAAAACUUUAGGAGACGAGGUUGAUCGUGCCUGGGAACUGGUGGAUGAAGUCUUUCUUCACCACCAGGAAUUUACAACCUACAAUCGAAAACCCCUCCUUGCCGCUGUCGGCAGUCUGUGCCUCAAAGCAUACGCUGCCAGAGAAAUGGCUCUUAGACAGAGCAGCAAUGGAGUAUUGCCGACUUCUACUCCGGACUACAUUCUUUCUCUACGGAAACAGCGACUUUCAGGCCCGUCACUGCGGACCGACACUGACCAGAAAGACUGGGAGCUCAAGGUGGCUUUAGAGGAGAGUAAUGGCAAAUUCAUAGACGCCUUGUCUGAUAUCCGGCCACCGCAUUAUCCUGGCCCCCAACCAUCUAGGAGAGCUGGGCCAGAAGUCAGCGGAUUGCAGGCGAAUUCAUCAUACCAACCCCAGCCUCUUGGGCCGGACAAUGUCAUGUUUGCUCCAGACCCAGUGCUGAUGCAAGAUGUCGUCCUGGAUGAUGGAACCAUGGACUGGGCGCAAUGGGAUGCUCUCAUGGAAGAUUUCGGCAUGGGCCAAAAUUCCGUAGACCCUGACCAACAGCUCUCCGCUCCGAAUUACGAUCCUCUACCCACAGGUCCCGGUCGUGGAUUCUGAUUGCUUGGCCUCUCUGGCAUUCGACACCUGACAUGUAUUUCAGCAGUUCUCCCAAAAGACUGGGAGAUUGGUGUUUUAUAUAGCGCUUCACCACUCUACUACUACAUUGAUGAAUCACGAUUCUUGUCUCCCCCCUAUCUUUGCGGUCGCUAUUCCGUGCAAUAUUGUUGUGAGAUGAGACGCAGG